UGAGAAAGGUAGAAAUACAUAACACGUACGACUUGCAGAGUAGUCUACCCUGUUCCAUCACUUCCUGUUUGUCCAAAAUGGCUGCGGCAAGGGCAUCGAUGUCUUUGGUUCAAAGAACAACAAAUGCCGCAAAGGGUAUUGUUGCAUACACAACACCGAAGCUGACGACGUUUUGGCGAUAUGCCAGGGUAGAGAUGCGACCCCCGUCAAUGUCCGAAAUGCCACAGGUUCAGCGAGAUUUUAACAAUCUGGUCGUCGCAGCCCGAACCGGCAAAUGGAAGAAACUUACAGUCCGGGAAGCUUGGUUGAAUACAGUUGUCGGCAUGGAGAUAAUGUUUUGGUUUUUUGUUGGAGAAAUCAUUGGCAAAGGCAGCAUCAUAGGUUACAAUAUACCAGGAGCCACACACUUCGGAAAAUAAAAACUAUCAAACAACAAUUCUGUGGUCCAGUGGGUUUGAUUUUGGACAUUGUGUAUUAAGUAGAAACUUUAUUGUAAUAAAAAAAAAAAAGACUA